AUGGUGGCCGCGAAAACCGCGGCGCAGCUCGAGCAGUCCGCCGGUCGGAGACGACCACCGGGAGCCUCCCUCCUGCGCCUGCAGAGCAACGCGGCCGCUCUGCCGAAGAAGGGCGCGGCGGGCGGCCGACGGCGAAACGGCCGCGGCGGCGGCGGCGGCGGGCACCGACGGCGGCCGCGACCGGCGGCCAAGCGGCGCCCCAGCAGCCGCGGGGCCGUCGCCGGCCGUCCGCCCGGCGGCCGACGCCGCGCUGACGCGCCGCCGACGCCUCCCGCGUCCGCGGCGGCCGCGGCGCGUCUAGCGCCGGGGCGGGCCGCCGCCGCUUCGGGGCGCGUGCCGCGGCGGCGCCGGGCGCGGGGGCGGGCGGGCGCCGCCACCGCCGCCGCUCGCGACCUGCUUGGUGCGCACACAGCUGGUGCGACGCGGCGCUGGCGGCUGGCGCAGCUCGAUAAGGUGGAGUUCCGCCGCGCGCGUGCAUUGAAAGCGGCGCCGUCUCGCUUCUGGCGCCGGACGGACCUCGUGCGCGGCAGCGCUCGCGCGGUGGCGGCGUGGGAGCAGGGCCCCGUUGGCGUCACGAUUCCGACCGCGCCGCGCUGGCCUGCCACCUGCCGCGCGCCGCCGCGCGCGGCGGACCACCCACGGCGCGCGCCCGGGCAUUCCUGGCUAAUGAGGAACGAACUCGUAAAUGUCUUUUUCGCCCGGCCCUGCCGCAGCGUGUCCCGCUCCAGAAAAACUCCUCGCAGAACCAGUGGCGCACUAGAACAAUGCGUGCGGCAGCGGUUUGCCAACAUGGGGCCGUCCCGCUCGUGCAUUGUUGCGAGCGCGGGCCGCGCGCUGUGCCACACGUGGCGCGGGGGCGGCCCUGCACGUUGA